AUGCCCGCGGGUGCCACACAACUAGGCUUCGUGAUCCUAAGCUCGGCCUUUUGCUCAUGGGUCCCCAACAUGCGCACCAUCACAAUGAUCGUGCUCACUUUAAUCAGCCUGACCGGUAUGGUUCUCAUGUAUGCACUCGAUGCUGGCAACCAAGCCGGUCGCAUGGCAGGCUACUGUCUCAGCUUGGCUUUCUCGGCCAAUAUGCCUCUUGGUCUGUCUUUGAUUACCAGUAAUGUCCGAGGAUUUACCAAGCGCGCUGUUGUUAAUGCUUGUGUCCUGGUGAUGUAUUGUGUAGGCAAUAUCGUUGGUCCACAGUUUUUCAGCGUGAGCGAGGCACCGCGGUAUAAAAGGGGUAUCACAGCCAGUCUUGUGGGACUUGGGCUGGGAGUAUUUUGGGUGUUGUGUUUGCGCGUAUACUUGCAGUGGCAAAACAAGAUUCGAUCUACAGAAGAUGAGUCUAGUGUGCCCCGAGAAUCGCUUGUGAUGGAGGAUCCUACCGACUGGAAUAUCCCUGGCUGUCAGUAUGUCUUGUAA